UAGAAGAAGUAAAAAAGAAAGCCAAAAUAAAGGCAAAAAAAGAAAGAAGGAAAUGCUUUAAGCCAGCAGCAAAACAAAGUUGUGACAACAACAACAUCAGCAACAACAAUCGGUGUUUGUGUGCCAAGUGCAAGCAAGAAAUAAGAAAUUGUUCAGUUGAAAAUAAAUUAUGUUAAGUGCUCAAAUCAGUCUAAAGUGAAGUGAAAAGCAGCAAAGAAAACGACAAAAAAAAGGAGCAACAGUCGCAGCAACAGCAGCAGCAGCAGCAAUAAAGGUGCAAUAGGUGCAAAGGUAAACUAAGUUUGGAGAAGUCAACGAAAGGAUUCGCGCAGGGCAUGAAAACUAAAUAAGUUGCAAUGUGAAGAGCACUUGCAGGCGAGCGAACGAAAGAAGAGAAGAAAGAACUAGAGGCAGAAAGAAAAACAAAGAGGGAAAAACUUGUCAAGAAGCUGAAGAAGCAGCUGCUUCUGAUUCAGCUGCCACUGUGACGAUUGACAGGACGAAAACAAAAGCAAAAACCCUGACAAGUGGCACAAGUGGCAAGAGGGCCCAAAAACCAGUACGCCAACGUCAUGUCCUGGCCAAAAAACGCAACGAAAUAGAAUAAAAGAGUACGAGUGCACUAGACGAAAGGCAUUGGCAAAAACAAAAAGAAGGAAAAGAAGAAAAAACAGAAAAAAGGAGCAACGGCCACACAUGUGCCUCUUGUUUUUCAGUUUUUGUGAUGCCACAAGGACACUUCAAGUGCCAGCCACACACUCAAGCUAUCACGCAGCAGUACACGAAUCUUUCGCAGCAUUAGAUUGAGAAAAGUAAGCAGAACGCUUCUAUACGCAGAGAACGCAGCAUGCGCAAACAUAAAACGCCGCCCAGCGGCCAUAGUCCAAGGACAAUGCAAAUGGAAUCUACAGUCACAGCAGCAGCAACCACAACCACAAGCACAUCAACAGGAACAUCCACAUCCACAGUUGAAAUGGAACAGCAGAGUAUGCUGCUGGGGCACAAUCAACCAACCGCCAGCGAUGGCGCAUUCACAGCUAGUCGCCUGGCAGCGCCUCAAACCACAGCAAUCACCUGCCAGGACAAACCGAAUCAGCGCCCUCCAUCGAAGGAGCCAGCGCGUUACUCAAUACAACUAAUUUCCUUGCUGCACAUUGCCUGCUAUGUCCUGUGCCUGUGCGCCUUCAGUUUCGCCCUGUACGCCAAUGUGCGACAGGCGCGAAUGGAGCAACGUUUACAGCGAUUGCAGGAACUUGAUGCUCGCAUCGUUGAAUUGGAAUUGCGAUUGGAGCAGGAGCAACAACAGCAGCAGCUACACUGGCCUGCUGAACAGCAACAGAUUUUGGCCAGCGAUAGCAAUGGCAAUGGCAGCAGCAGCAGCGGCGCAUCUCCGCAUUUGGCAUUGCAUGUGCGUCGCGAAUUGCAUCGUCUGCGGCGUGAUGUAUCGCACCUGCAAUUGACGCGACGCCAGCAACGUAGACAAGCGGAGGGGGCAGCAGCCGCGGCAGGAGCAACAGGAACGGCCGGUGAAUGCCAAUGUCAAGCAGGACCACCAGGACCGCCCGGUCCACCCGGCAAGCGAGGGAAACGUGGCAAAAAGGGUGACACUGGCGACAAAGGAGAGCCGGGCCUCAAUGGCAUAAUCGGCGAAAAGGGUGCGGCUGGCAAACCCGGCGAUAAGGGUCAAAAAGGUGACACUGGCCAUCCCGGCAUGGAUGUCUUCCAAACUGUUAAGGGUCUGAAGAGAUCGGUGACAACGCUGCAUGGCGGCACGCUGGGCUAUGCGGAAAUAGUUGCUGUUAAGGACUUGCAAGAAGCUGGCGUUAAUGUAUCCGCUUCCACAGUCAUACAACUGAAGGGCGAGCCAGGCGAACCUGGACCACCAGGACCGCCAGGCGAAGCUGGACCAGCAGGAGCGCCAGGAGAGCGAGGACCUCCCGGCGAAACUGGUCAGGGCUUGCAGGGUGAGGCAGGGCAACCGGGACCCAUUGGACCGCCCGGUGUGCCGGGCUCACCUGGCACAAAGGGUGACAAAGGUGAUCGUGGCGAUCGCGGCCUCACCACAACCAUCAAGGGUGACGAGUUCCCCACGGGCAUUAUCGAAGGUCCACCAGGACCAGCGGGACCACCUGGUCCUCCCGGCGAACCAGGUGAACGGGGCGAAGUGGGACCCAUUGGACCAAGCGGACCCCCCGGCGAGAAAGGACCGCGCGGCAAGCGAGGCAAACGGAUAUUCGGUCCUGGCGGUACCAAAUUGGACGAGGACUACGAUGAUCCACCGGUGACACUACUGCGAGGACCUCCUGGACCGCCAGGCAAUGCUGGCAAAGAUGGACGCGAUGGCAGAGAUGGCAGCAAGGGCGAGCCUGGAGAACCAGGUGAACCCGGUUCGCUGGGUCCCAGAGGUUUGGAUGGUUUACCAGGCGAGCCUGGCAUUGAAGGACCUCCCGGUUUGCCUGGCUACCAAGGUCCUCCUGGUGAGAAAGGCGAUCGUGGAGAUAUUGGACCGCCAGGUUUAAUGGGUCCACCGGGUUUGCCGGGUCCACCAGGCUAUCCAGGUGUGAAAGGCGACAAAGGUGAUCGCGGCGAUUCGUACCGCAAGAUGCGACGUCGUCAGGACGAUGGCAUGUCAGAUGCUCCACAUAUGCCCACAAUUGAAUACUUAUACGGACCACCUGGUCCUCCUGGUCCCAUGGGUCCUCCAGGACAUACUGGGGCACAAGGGGAUCGCGGUUUAGAUGGCCGCAAAGGUGAUGCGGGCGAAAAGGGACAUAAAGGCGAUCAAGGACCUAUGGGCUUGCCUGGGCCAAUGGGUAUGCGUGGGGAAUCGGGACCUUCUGGUCCAGCGGGCAAAGCUGGCAUACCGGGUCCUCCGGGUUUGGAUGGCAUGAAGGGAGCCCAGGGUGAGACGGGACACAAGGGCGAGCGUGGGGAUCCAGGUUUGCCGGGCACCGAUGGCAUACCGGGUCAGGAGGGGCCACGCGGUGAGCAAGGCUCUCGCGGGGAUGCUGGUCCGCCGGGUAAACGUGGACGUAAAGGAGAUCGCGGCGAUAAGGGCGAACAGGGUGUCCCCGGAUUGGAUGCCCCUUGUCCCCUUGGCGCUGAUGGGCUGCCAUUGCCCGGUUGCGGCUGGCGGCCGCCAAAGGAGCCAAUCAUCUCGACGCCCGUGCACAAGGAUUACUUGCCCGAUGUAACACAACCGGAAAGCAAUGCCAGCGAUUACGAGCAAGAGGAGGAAGAGGAGGAUGAGCAGACGGAGGAUAAUGAAAACGAAUAUGAUGAAUAUCAGGAUAAUUUGCAUAACAAUGAGUGAAAAGGAAACCCAAAACAGCAAAUGGCAAACACAAGCGCAAGCUCACGUAGCCAGAGUAAACAGAGACCCUCUAAGACAUACACACACACACACACAGACACAGACACUCACACUCUUACCCUCGCACACUCACACACACGCACACGAAAAGGCGACUAGUUAAGCAUUUCCGAUUUCCGGUUGCAAGCUUUUGGGCUCUGUUUCGCUCUGUUGACAUUCGCAAUUAGCGCUAACAAAUGCCAAGUGGCUGCUACAGCUGCUCCUAACGGUUAACUAAAGUAGAUGCUAUUAGCAUACACUCUACACCCACACAUAUAUGCUCACCCACUCACACACACACACACACAUAUUGCAAAACACAAACAAGAACUUGUAGUUAGUCAUUGGCUUAGCUUGGUGUUGGUGUCCCUCGUAAUGCUGUCUCUCUCUCACACACACUCUCUCUCUCUCUUACCAUAAACACAUAUUUAUUUAAAACAUUUGACCAUUUUAACUGGUUAAAAUUCGUAUUUCUCGCCAAGCAGGAGAACUGGCAGGCUUGGCUCAAGGACGAGCUAAACGCAUUACAGCAUACGAAGGCAAAAAAC